AUGCAGUACGUUCGAAGUAUUAGUGGCUCCGUCUCCAAGACCUGGAAUUCGAUCAACCCGGCCACCUUGAGCGGAGCCAUUGAUGUAAUCGUUAUUGAGCAGGAAGAUGGCACUCUUGCCUGUUCACCUUUCCAUGUUCGCUUCGGCAAGUUCUCCUUGCUCCGUCCGUACGAAAAGAAGGUGGAGUUCAAAGUCAAUGGAAUGAAACAAGAUUACUCGAUGAAGUUGGGGGAAGGUGGGGAGGCCUUCUUCGUCUUUGAGACAACGGAUGAGAUCCCCGCAUCGUUGCAAACAUCUCCAUUGGUAUCGCCGACUGCAAGUCCUAAAAUGCGUAGCGAAGAGAACCUUCCGUCUUCUUUACAGGAGCCGGAAUAUUUGGACCUCGAACGGUCAUCGUCCAGUGGCAAUCAUGAUGCGAAAACAUCCUCUAGCUUACCCAUAUUAUCAAGAGCGACGCGGGCAUCUAGUGAUCUAGGUACUAUCACGCCGCUGUCGCGAUCGCCGGACGAUUCCAGCCUGGGCUGGCCCCGUCAUAGUUCAUUUGGUGACGAGCCGGCGAGUUUUGAUCACACUGCUGCGGACAAAGUUCUUCUAGGCAAGGCCGACUCUACCGGUGGCCCCAGUGUUGCCGAUCAUGUUUAUGGUGCGCAGGAAACUGGCUUAACCCCUCCCGGGAAUGAUUCUAGCCAAUCCACACGUUCUCGAAGCCCGCCUCCGUUGUCAACUGAGGAGGCAUUUUCUCGUGCUGUCUCCCUGUCAAAGAAGUUAUCCGGGUCCAAUAUCCCUUCCCAUGUUACCGAGACAGGUGAUCUCAUGCUCGACAUGACUGGUUACAAAAGCAACGAGGAAGACGCUUUGCGUGCGGAAGUUGUUGCACGUAAGAUUCUCGCGGAGGAACUGGAGGGGAAUUAUGAUAUUGGAGCUCUCAUCGGGGCUGAUGAGCAUGGUAACCUGUGGAUAUACAGCAGCGAAGAGGCGAAGGAGGCCGCUGACCGUCGUGCCACGUUCCACUCAAUGAGACCCAGCUCUGCUAUGAGUGAAAAUGCUAUAUCGGAUCCUGGAUAUCACAGUGACAGUGACCAGUCUCUUAGAGAGUCCCCCUUGGCAAGUCGACAUUAUCGUACACAAUCGGACGUCCAACCGGGAUUUCCCACCCCUCCACAGUCCCCAACGCCCGGUGAGGUUGCUCGCAACUAUGCUAAGACUCUGCGCUUGACAAGCGAUCAGCUUAAGGCCUUGAAUCUGAAGCCCGGCGCGAAUGAGUUGUCGUUCAGUGUCAAUAAAGCCACGUGCACUGCUACCAUGUAUCUGUGGAGCGGAAAUAUUCCCAUUGUCAUUUCGGACAUUGAUGGGACCAUCACCAAAUCGGAUGCACUAGGCCAUGUGUUGAACAUGAUCGGUCGCGACUGGACGCACGCUGGAGUGGCAAAGCUGUAUACUGAUAUCGUGAACAAUGGUUAUAACAUUAUGUAUCUUACCAGCCGGUCCGUCGGCCAGGCGGAUACCACUCGGGCCUAUCUCUACGGUGUUUGCCAGGAUGGAUAUCGACUGCCCAAGGGGCCUGUUAUUAUGAGCCCUGACCGUACAAUGGCAGCACUUCGGCGGGAGAUCUAUCUGAGGAAGCCGGAGGUAUUCAAGAUGGCGUGUUUGCGGGAUAUCCUGGGUCUUUUCAAUGGGAAAGAGAACCCGUUUUAUGCCGGGUUUGGCAAUCGGUUGACGGACGCGCUGAGUUACCGGUCGGUGAAUAUUCCAUCGACUCGGAUUUUCACAAUCAACUCCAACGCGGAGGUGUCUCUUGACCUCCUGAGCCUGAACAAAUACAAGAGCAGCUACGUAUCGAUGGGAGAACUUCUGGACCACUUUUUCCCUCCCACGAGCUUGUUGGUGCAGGCAGGCGGCGAGGAGUAUACUGAUUUCACAUACUGGCGGGAGCCUCCUCCGGAUCUUGCCGAUUUCUCCAGCACGGACAGCGAGGACGAAUAUGAAGACGAGGAGGAGGUUGAAGAUUAUGAUGGUGAGCUGAGCGACGAGGAAGGCAGCGAAGUCGACGAAGAGGUAAUGGAGGAGGAUCUUGCGGCCAGCUUUGUCUCGCAGGUCUCCAUUGACCAGUCCAGCCUUGUUGAUGGCCAGAGCAUUGAUGAAAGGGAGGGGGCAGAGGAUGAUAAGGCUGAGACAUUACGACUUUCUAAUGCGACACGCUCUCCACCGAGGAAGACCCGAUAG